GGUUGCUCCGUUUUCUCCUCCAACAAAGGGCGCCAUGGCUACGCCUUACGGCUCCUGCGUGGCCGCAAUCCAGCCCAUCAAGGUUCCCCACUUUACAGCAUUGAGCUCCAGCUGCUCAAUCUCCGGUCGGACCCUUGUUCCUCUGCCUGCGCAGCAAUCAGCGCAGCGCUUCACUUUCAAGAAUGUAUACCACAAAAGGCAAUAUGGAGGAAUGGCAAGGGCAAGUUAUGGCUCGGAGGAGUCGGAAGAUAAAAGUGGUGCAUGCACGGGGGGAGCUGAAAGCGAUGCAACCAGGAUGGCGGGUUUGCGGCGGCGGGAGUUGAUGAAGAGAGUGCUGGUUGGGGGGUUGGCAGGGGCGGCAGCGGUGGCAGGAGCUGGCCCACGAGAUUCGGCCCUUGCUGACGUCUGGCCGAGCGCGUACGACGUCAUCCUGGUUGCAAGCAAAACGCUCGCGCCCGCACCCGUCAAGUACCGUGAGACCAAGAACGCCACGCCAUUCACCAUCACGUACCCCGACCGCUUCGUCGAAGCUUUGAACCGAAAACCGGGGACGGAGGUCGCCAAGGACGACGGGGAGGAAACGCUCGCUCUCAUCGGCGACUUCAAAACGUUCGAUACAGUUAGCGUGCUACGAUACCCAAUUGCGCCGGGCACUCCUGGCACAGUCAGUGCCGAAGAGAUCAGUGAAAAGCUCAUCAUAGGAGGAAACAUCACAACCGAGUUUCUGCGGAAAGAGAUGGAGACCCCCGCGGAUCCAUCACAAGGGAACAAGUACCACUUCGAGUACGUGACGGAGCAAUGCCGUGGCGAGGUUGUAGAGGGCCUUGGCGGCAGGAGGGAAUGCUUCAGAGGCGAGAACGUGUUGCCGACAAUCACGCGGCAUCACUACGUCAACGUUGAAGCUUUUAAAGGACAUUUCUACGUCGUCACCGCCUCUGCGGCCCAAACCCGGUGGGCGGAGGCUAAGUCCGACUUCGAGCAGGUACUGUCUUCCUUCAAACUAUCAGAGCCGCCUGCCCCAUCCGGCGAAGCAUAGCUUUUUGUUCAGACACUAAAUUCCGUUUCCGACUUAACAGAGAAGCCAGCUAUUCAAGUCCGCAACUGUUGAGCAGCGAACUUGAAAGAUGCGGCCUGAGCAAAGGAUCAAGCUGGCGCUCGCGUCAGCAUAUUUUGGAGGGCAGCGAAAAUGCCGACAGGACAGUCAGUGUUGCGCCACGCUGUAGGACUGUAGACGGCGGCGGAGCCGUCUGAUCAGUAGACGGCGGCGGAGCCGUCUGAUCAGGCUUUACCCCCUUCUCAAUUAGUCCAACACUAAAUUUCAACGGUAGCAUACCAAGUUAACGAUAGAGUCAAACGGGCCAGACGCUGUGCAAAGUCUGUGAAACGAGGCGAUGGGCUCAAAAAGAAGCAUUGAGGAACGGUCGAAAGCGCAGCAGUCCCCAGGCUUCAACGGAUUGUGGCCAGGUCUAGUCUUUUUCGU